AUGCUCAAGCACACGGCACACAAGUCAAUGGGCGGGAAGACACCCCGCAAGCAACUGGUCACCAAGGCAGUCCACAAGAGCGUGCCAACCAUGGGGGGCAUGAAGAAACCACACCAAGACCUACCCAACACAGUGGCGCUACAUGAGAUCGGCCGCUACCUGAAGUCCACCGAGCUGCUUAUGGGCAAGCUGCCAUUCCAGCGACUGGUGCGUGAGAUCACGCAGGACUUCAGGACUGACCUGCACUCCCAGAGCUCAGCCGUCAUGGCUCUGCAGGAGACGUGCAAGGCCUACCUGGUGGGGCUCUUUGACAACACCAACCUCUGUGCAUUCCCCGCAAAGCAUGUCACCUUUAUGCCCAAGGACAUCCAGCUGGCGUGCCACAUCCCCGGAGAGAGAGCAUAA